AUGUUGUGCACUCGUCAUAUUGGAUUAGUCAUAAUUAUUAUAGCUACACAAGCUACACACCUGUGGGCGUUCUUUGGAACAGUCGAGUUAUAUAAUCACAAUUCAACAGUAGAACAUAUCUUGAGAAAACAUAUUUUUAUGAACUAUGACAAGAUAGUGAAACCUUACGCCCCCCAGGAUACAAACUCUUUAGAAGUGAGCAUGAAAAUGUUGGUAAAAAGUGCAGAGUUGAAUUAUGAAAAAUCUCAAAUGAUACUCAGCACAUGGUUCAUAGCGAACUGGAUCGACGAUAGGUUGACUUGGAAUCCGAGCGUAUAUGAACACCUGAAUUCCAUAAUAGUCGACCACCGUGAGAUCUGGCACCCGGACAUCAUGGCGUUCAACAACGUCGACGCCAACAUGGAAGACGAUCGGACGCAUGUCAACAGCGUGUUGAACAGUAGCGGUGGGGUGAUAUGGGUUGAACCGGUGCAGUACAUUAUACAUUGCAAGACGGACACGACGAACUGGCCUCACGACACGCAGACCGGAGUCUUGAAACUCGGGUCGUGGUUGUACUUGGGCAGAGACCUGAACCUGACCAUCGACGAAGGAGAAGAAGUAGAAAUGGCUAGCUCGCACUCGGAAUGGGACAUCAUUAACGUUUCCAGGGAGAGAAACAUCAGGUACUAUGACUGCUGUCCCGACGAACAGUAUAUCGACAUCGAAUACAAUAUCACCAUCCGGCGGAAGGUCCAUCCCUAUAAGUCAGUCCUCUAUAUCCCAGCUCUAUGCAGUAUUUCGUUUAAUUUACUAACAUUUUGGCUCCCGUACUCCGACAAUCAAAGUAAAUUGUUUGUGAACCUGUUCAACGCACUGUUCGUCACUUUGGCCAUUAUGGUCGUGUACACUAAAGUACCGAUUGUCACUUCCACUGUUCCGCUGAUUGUCGUUUACUACACUUACAGUUUGGGACUGAUCGCCGCGACCGCGGUGCUGUCCAUGGCUGUAAAAGGCAUGUCCGUGGUGAGCAAACCACUACCACACUGGGUUACCUGGUUCCUUCAUUCCGGUUACCUGGUGUACUUGGGGAUCGAGAUAAACGGUCCGGCGGCCGAUUGUCACAUGCUCUGCGAAUCCGAAGAGAUGAUCGCUCAGACCGCCGAUUUGAAUGAGCGACACAAACUCGCCAAGGUAAUCGACAGGAUAUGUUUCGUGGUGUUCGCAUUAAUCUAUUUGAUUCUUCUAUUGAGGCUAAUGCCGUAG